AUGGGGAGUUUCAGAGGUCAUGCUCUCCCUGGAAGCUUUUUUUGUUUCAUGGGUCUGUGGUGGAGUACGAAAUACAUUCUAAAGUAUGCCUGCAAAAAGUACAAGCGAACUUGCUACCUUGGUUCCAAAGCAUUAUUCCAUCGAAUAGAAGUUUUGGAGGGAAUCAUUAUAAUUGCCAUGGCUUUAAGUGGGAUGACUUGGGAACAGUUUGUUCCUGGAGGACCCUACCUGACCUUAUAUGACUACAAAGAAGGCCAGUGGAACCAGCUCCUGGAAUGGCAACAUUGCACUAUGUAUUUCUUCUUUGGGCUGCUUGGUGUGACAAUUAUCGUAUGUUACAUGAGUCGUUCGCUUCCUGUCUCUUUAGCCAAGUUAAUGAUGUCAAAUGCCUUUUUUGUGGAGGCUUUUAUCUUCUACAACCACACUCAUGGCCGAGAUAUGCUGGACAUCUAUGUCCACCAGCUGCUGGUCUUGAUCAUCGCUGUGACAGGCCUACUUACCUUCAUCGAUUUCAUGAAGAGCAACAUAAUUUUGGAGCUUUUGCAGCCAAGCUUCAUCUUGCUUCAGGGGACCUGGUUCUGGCAAAUUGGUUUUGUGCUGUAUCCUCCCAAUGGAGGUCCUGCAUGGGAGCCAACGGAUCAUGACAACAUUAUGUUUGUCACCAUAUGCUUUUGCUGGCAUUAUGCAUUCAGCCUUAUCGUCUCUGGAUUGAAUUAUGUCUUUGUCACCUGGUUGGUUAAAUUUAAACUUAAGAGGUUCUGCCCCUCAGAAAUUGGACUCCUGAAAAAUGCUGAACGAGAACAGGAACUGGAAGAAGAGAUGUGA